AUGACUCCCAGGAGAUACCUGACCCCGGGAACUGUACAGAGGAGGCAUUGCCUGCAGGUGCAGUGGCAAAAGAUCACGACUCUGCCUGACAUCCUUCUCCAGAUCCAGGAGCAACAAGAACUCAGGCGUCUGGAGAGGGAGGAGAGGGAGCGCUAUGAGGUCCAGUUGGAGGCCGACAUGAAGAACCACCAGCCCUGGGGGAGAGGUGGAGGAGGAGCCCCUCUGAGGGACAGCAAUGGGGACCUCAUUGCUGACCUGAACCAGAUGCACAAACAGAAUGAGGAGGCUUACAUCAACCCAGAGGUGAGGCAAAGGAGAGCAUCUGCUGCCAGAACGUCCUGCCAGGGAGAGCGGCCUGACUACACUGAGGAGGGGUCUUCUGGUGCUGUCCCAGAGUACAAGAACCAUAACAUAAAGGACAGGAUCCCAGGUUUCACUCAUGUCCAAACACCACAGUUCGCUAGAGGCAACGUUUUUGCUGUCCAACCCACCAAACAGCUUCAGGAGCAGGACAAAUACAAAGCUUAUCUCAAACAGCAGAUUGAGGAGAAAAUGCAUAAAAAAGCAGAUGAGAGGGAACAACACAGACUAGAGGAGGAAAGGGAGGAAAAGAGGCUGGCAGAACAGAGGGCUCGCAUCAAGAAAGAGUAUGAGGAGGAGCAAGAGAGGAAGAAACGGAAGGAGUUGGAGCAAAAAGCAAAGAAUGAGGAGCUGAUUCAACUGGCUGAGCAAAAGAAGAAUGAAGCAAAGAGGAAAAAGAAGGAAGCUGAGGAGAAGGAGACCGCAGCUCUGAGGAGACAAUAUGAGCGAGAAAGACAGGCACGAGUAGACGAGGUCUAUAGGGAGCCUUCACCUCCCAUCCCCACUCUGCAGAGAAAACAUGGGCAAGACCAGCAACUGCCCAGACCUCCUACUGUUAACAGCCAAAACUCUACUGCUCCUGUGUCUGCGCGUUCUUCCUCAGGUAUUCAGUCUCCUCCUGUCCCUGCCUGUAGGAACCAACUCAGAGCUGCAGAGGACCACCAUGAUGUGUUCAGUGAGCUGUCGGCGUUGCGUUGGCAGCUUCGAAGUGAACAAAAGCGAGUGGAGCGUCACCUGCAGAAAGGUGAAUGGGAGGAGCUGGAUUCUUCCAUUAGUAUGAGGUGA